AUGUCCAUCCGAAUUCACCUCUCAACAUCUUCUUUCAUCACCAUCUUUUUCAUCUACGCUCCAAUAUUGGAUGCUGAGGACAAUAUAAAGGAAGAGUUCUACCAUCAACUCGACCAACAACUCACAGCUGUCCCCAGUUCAGAUAAAAUCCUCCUAUUGGGUGACUUCAAUGCAAGGGUUGGCAAAGACCAUCAACUUUGGAAGAAGGUUGUCGGGAAAGACGGAGUCGGGAACUCCAAUGCAAAUGGACUUCUUCUUGGACUGUGCUCUGAACACCAACUUGAUGUGACAAACUCCUUCUUCAGGCAACGGAACCGCUUCAAGACCACAUGGCAACAUCCCAGAUCCAAGCAUUGGCACCUCCUAGACUAUGCCAUCACAAGACAAUGUGAUCUCAAAGAUGUUCUGAUCACUCGUUCUAUGCUGUCUGCUGACGACUGUUGGACCGACCACCGUCUGGUUGUCACGCGGAUAAGAUGGACUCUGAAGAAGAAGACAUUCCCCCCAAGAUCAAAUUCACCUUCCCGGAGGAAGUACGACACCACUGCCCUCCGAGACCUCCAGAAGGUCCGUCUAUUUCAAGAGUCUGUCGAAAAGCAGUUAAAUGAAAACCCCCCGUGUGACAGCUCUGAUCCCAACGCAGAGUGGACCACACUUAAGAACAUCAUCACCAAAUCUGCGAGAAAAAACAUCGGUUUCCAAAAGCGAUCCCGUGCAGACUGGUUCGACUCAAACAGUCUUGAAAUCUCCACCCUGGUUGAUGGCAAGCGAUUGGCACUCAUUGAAUAUCUGAACAACCCCUCAUGUUCCACGAAACUCGCCAGAUUCAAGGAAGCCAAAUCACUCUGCCAAAGAAGGAUUCGCGAGAUCGAGAAUCAAUGGUGGCAAGCCAAAGCUGUCCAACUCCAAUCCUUUGCUGACAGCCGUGACAUGAGAAACUUUUUUGCUGGAACCAAGGAAAUCUACGGUCCCCAAAGAUCAUCAACAUCCCAGCUGAAAACAGCAGACAACUCAACUGUCAUCACCGAGAAGGAUGGGGUUCUUCAUUGCUGGAAAGAACACUUCGAAGCCUUGCUGAAUCGCCCGUCCACUGCUUCUGAAGACCCGCCGAAGAACAUUCCUCAACACCCUAUCAGACCGGAACUGUCACGUUCCCCUUCCCAUAUCGAAUUCAUGACCGCUUUCAAUCAAAUGAAACUUAACAAAGCUCCCGGACCCGACAACAUUCCCUUUGAACUCCUCAAAGCGGGUAAGAUCAUCGCUCGAAUCUUGUUACAACGUCUCCAAGUGGUAGCUGAGUCAGUUUUUCCUGAGUCACAGUGUGGUUUCAGAAGGACAAGUGGUACCAUCGACAUGAUCUUUUGUGCACGUCAGAUCCAGGAGAAUAGCCGGGAGCAACAGAAACCUGUCUUUUUCAUCUUCUACGACUUGGAAAAAGCUUUCGACAGUAUCCCAAGAGAGGUCAUGUGGGAUAUCCUGCAUCGUUACGGUUUUCCUGGAGGCUUCAUUUCUCUGAUCAAGGGUUUCCAUGAUGAAAUAGAGGGGAAGAGUCCUUUAUCAGACUGA